GAGACACUUGAGGCGACAGGAUUCAGUCUGAAGGAAAGGAAACAACCAGGAAGUGAAACACAGUAGGAAACAAAUUUACUCGGAGGACAUUCAAACUUCCACGUUUACAAAAGGCUCAUAAGCGUCAACUUUUAAGUGAGUGGCUCCACCGGUCAGAGGACUUCUUCUCCAACAACAUGGACAAAGAUGCGGAGCGGGGAGGAGUGGGGGAGGAAUCCGAGCCUCAGGACAAGGUGCAGACCUUGAAGGAUCAGGUCGAUGGGGUGAAAAACAUCAUGACGGAGAAUGUGGACCGGAUCCUGGCCCGAGGAGAGAGACUGGACGACCUCAUGGGAAAGUCCGAGGACCUGCAGUUAGGGGCUCAGCACUUCAAACAGACUUCUGUGAAAGUGGCUCGCUCCUACUGGUGGAAGAACGUCAAGAUGGUCGUGGUCAUCGUGGUGAUCGUCCUCAUCAUCAUCCUGAUCAUCAUCCUGCUGGCCACUGGAGUCAUCCCCAUCGGUUCUCCAGUGCCUCCUAUAGUGCCUCUUCCAGACAUUACCACCCCAAAGCCUUAAACAUCCCUACUGUACAGUAUACAAACUGAUGUAUAGAUAUCACUGCUGUCUGGUGAAACCUUUCCUUCUUCUUAGUUCGUUUCUACUGGUAACUUUCAUGAUAAUAUUGGAUUUCAAGGACUUCAUUGGUUUAAGGCACUUUAUUGACACACAAUUUUCCCAACCCAAUACCGACCAUUGAACUUGUGUGAAAUUAAACAGAAAUCUCUCUAAGGUCUAAGGCGUUCACCUGACACCAGGAAAAAAACACUUGUCACUGUUCUUAAAGGACAUUUCAUAGUGUUACCAUCCCUGUUUCACCACCAGCAGUUAUUUCCACCUGGCAAAGAAGAGAUCACUUUAUUAUGUGUGGAUGGAAAUAAUUCAUCUUUCUAGUUAUUCUGUUUGUCACCUAAAUGCACUACAAAGGACAGUUUGUAUAGUUUAAAGAGGAAAGAUGCAUUGUACAAAAACAUUGGGGAAAUCUGUUAACAAUUUAGGUCAUUACAUAUUUAAUGAAAGGCUUAAUUGUGUACUGGAUAUUUAUGCGAUUACGUCCUUUAAAAUGCUUCCAGCUUUGUAUUCAGGCAGAUAGAGAAAUAAUUAUUGAAUGUAAAGCCUGCUUUGGUUCUUGAGCUACUUAACUGGUGUUUGAGGUGUUUCUGCUCUGUUGCUAGUUUUGGGUCAAAGUACAAAACUGUUUUUAUGCACAAAAACAACAGCUGUAGUAGGUUAAACGUCACAUAACAGCGUGCAUUAAGGUUAAAAAAAACAGCAGUGAUUAAGAUACAUAAUCCUGUUAAUCUCUCAAAAUACGGACAUCUGAGUUUAAUUUUGACCCUGAAAGUGAAGAGAAGACCUGCGGGUGAAAAGCAGCACUGCGUUUUGAGUGGUCCUUUAGAAGGGAUUUAUACAAUUAGCUUUGCAGAAUCCUCAGUCUUAUAAAAUUGAUCAUUCUUUCCUUUGCUGUGUCUUAACUCUAGAAAUAUAGCAAGAACAAAAACUAAAACCAUCUGUUGUGGUGUCUGAGGAUGAGGCUCCUCGAGCCAGCCAGCUGAUGGAGACAAUUUGCAGCACUUCCAUAGCGCCCCCUGUUGGGUCCAAACAGGGCCCUUAAAAUUAGAAAACUAUAUCCCAACACAUUUUGUAUUUUUUCAGGAAACAAGUCAGGCACAUCUGUGUCUCACCUCCCAUCCUGCUCUGCUGUUACAGAACCAGUUUAGUUUCAAAGAACUCCAAGCUAUGCCCAUUAUAAACUGUACAUAGUCAUAAAUACUCUCUCCUGUUUGUAUAUGAAAGUAUCUGUUCCUUAGAGGCUAUUUAUUGAAAGCAUGUUACUCCUGUUCAAUUUUUCUUAAAUCAAAAUGGAAGCUGUAUGUGAUUCUUGGAUUAACAAUUAGUCCAGAUUGAUUAAUUGUAAUAGUAGCACAGUUCAGUUUCUCUGCUGUUCAAUCAUUUUCUAGAUGUAGUUAUGAGAAGGAGGCUCUCUUCGAACAGAUUUCUCAAUGUGUGCCUUUUCUUUCUUUUUUAACAGUGCCUCCAAGGUGCAAUAAUCUACAUCUCUUUACCUUUUUAAUACGCUCAUACUGCUCCGAUCAAUGCUGGUUGUUCAUGUUUCUGUUCAUACAGGCUCCAGCUGCAGUAGGUCUUUAACUGCCGAAAUUUUUUUUUUUAGAAUGUCAUUUACUGAGGGUCUUUAACUGGGGGCCCAUGGCAUUAAAUGGUUUUUAUGGUCUGAAAUAAAAGAAAAUUGUACUUUC